AUGCAAUUCGCGGCAACCCUAGACCAAUCUCCAGACAGCAAGGAAAAUCUUAUUGUUGGCACAGGAAUAUCUUGGAAGUAUAACUAUGUGCUUGAAAAUGCUUGCCCAGCUACAGUUACCUUUCUGAUUGUAGUGUUAAGUGUAACAGCUGCUUCUGGUCAAUGGAGUUACAGCCAAACUUACAAUCAGAGAUAUCACCCUUCAUACUACAGAAAUCCCUAUUAUGGCUACAGAUAUCCAACUCGUCAACCUGUCUACCGGGUCAGAAAUACACCAACUCCAAGUGAAAAACGACAUGAUACAGGCAAAGUUUUGUAUGCUGAUGUAGCUGUAAGUUCUCUCUCUACAACUGAUGCUACAAGUGUAGGCUCUAUGGUAACAACUAUGAGUCCUGCAACAAGUACAGGAUCACUGGAAACAACUAUGAGCCUUGUAAUAACAAGCCCCUUAAUGACAACAACUGCAAGUUCUGAAAUAACAACUACUACAACUCCUAUAGAAAAGCCAAUAACUACAAUAACAAGUCCUGAUCUAACUGAUAUUAACAUGAAUGUACCAUCAGCAACAGAGAAUGUUACUGAGUCAACAGUCACUCCAGCAGAUAAAGGAGUAAAUCAGAACUCUUCCACAACACCAAUAUUUCAGCCUUUUACAAUGAGACCUGUACAUUUUAUUCUGCAGCAUCAAGAGAAUGAAGACAAACUGUUAAAAAAUGACACCUUAACCACUUCAGAAAAACAAGCAAAUGGACACAUACAAGAGGACCUUCAAAGAGAGAAAACUGAUGAGAUGACCCAUCUCUCAAAUGUAAAAUUUUCCAUCAGUGAACCAGUUAAAGUUUGCUGUGAUAAUAAUGAUGAUGCAAUGCAAAAAUCAGAUCACACAAGUGAAAGAGUGAUAUUCUGGAAGGCCAAGACCCCAGUAUCAUUCAAGACCAGUCCCAUUACCUCCACCACUACAAAAACCACAAAAGCAAUCAGUCAGCAGUACCAACAAGACACACAAAGAAAAGGUGUCCAGCAAAAGCUUCCUGUAAAACCGAUAGAAACCACACCUAUAAACUUACAUCAGCCAACUUCUAGGCAUCCACAAAACGGACAACCACAAUAUUACAAUCGGCCACAUGUGAUUCAACCUGUAUCAACACGCCCAUCCCAGACUUCACCUCAGAGACCACCUUUUGCAUAUAGCCGACCUAAACUUCCAGUAAGAAUUCCUCGCCCUACAAUUCGGGCACCUUCUGGUCAACUUCUGAAACAGGUUGCUGGACCAGUCCUUGGUCCAGCCCCAGGAGCUACUUGGAUACCAUCCAGUGACAUACCCAAUAGACCAGCUGCAAUUCACCCUGACUCAGAACUGACCUGGAUUCCAGCAAAUCUUCCUGCUAGGCAAGAUAACAGUGAAGCACUCCUUUUUGUAGAUGAAAAUCAGCCAGCAAAGCAGAUUCACAGUGAUAAAGUAGGAACUGAUGUUAAACUAAAUGUCCCAACUCCUGUUUUAGAAUCUGAAAAUAAAGAAAUACUGGUCUUAGCAAAAGAUGAAGUGAAGCAAUUUGUACCAGAGACUAUUAUUCCUUCUGAAGAACAAUCUGAUGUUCAACUUGUUGAAGAUGCCUUAAUACCUCGGAAUGCUGGAGACACAAUAAAGCAACCUGUUGCUGAUGUCAUAAUAGGCCAAAUUUCCAAAGAUACUUCUGAUCCUGUGGAAAAUACUCCAGUACUACCUGUCAGAAUUCGUCCUCCUCCAUCACCUGCUAAGCCAGCAACACCUGCCAGACCAGUUCAACUCCUUUCUACAUUAUCUGUUCAACCAUCACCAUUGCAAACACCUGUUCAGCCACCUCCACUGCGGUCACCUAUUCAGCGACCACCACAAAAAAUCACCACUAAUAUUAAGAAGAAAAGUGAUGCUCCAUCACAGGGUGUCUUACCACAGUUCAAUCCAGCUAGUGGUCUUCAAUUUACUCUUAUUAAGCCCUCAGAAAUAUUAGAUGAAAAUAAUAAUCAAGACAUCUCUCCACAAUUUAAUCAAGAAAUCGGCACAGCUUUUGCAGGGGAGAUUAAAGCAAACAGAAACAGGUCUACAACUGCACAGAGUGUGUUGGAAGAUAUUGUGCAGAUAUCUAAACCAGAUCCUUUCAGAAUAAUUUCUGGGCCAUCCCUUUCUAACCAAUCUUCAAGUAACAAUCAACCACCAGAAGCUGAAUUACCACCAUCAGUUCCUGAAAAUAGUAAAAAUAUUUCAGAAGAGAAAGUAGAAAGUGAAGUGAAAGCUACAGUUAUUCAUGAAGAAACAACUGAAAUGACACUACCUAUAAUGAACAUAUUUGACAUUGUUCCCAUCACAAACUCACCUGUAGAAACAAACACAUUGUCUGAAAUUACUUCUUUACCAUCAUCAGUUAACGCAACUAUACCAGUGUUAAAUACAACUGCUGUUAUACCAGAAGUAAUCACAGAAGCACAGCCUUCAUCCACAACAGAGAAGUCAUCUAUUCAUACUGUUACUGAAGGUAAUGCCAAACCCAAAGACACUGAGGUUGUUCUCAAUAAACAUAGCAACAGUAAUAUAACAAAUAUACUAGCUGGUGGAUUUCAGUUAACAUCCUCUGAUGAUGCAACAGAAAUGCAGAAAGUCCAGAAUUCUAGCAAAAAAGAAGUGUUGUCAUUGGCAGGUCCUGGUCCCAUGAAGCCUAUCCCACUGGACUCUCCACAGCAAUCAGUGGUUGAUGAGGAAAAAGACAUAAAGCCAGGAAGUUUCCAAGCAGUACCUCCUUUAAAUCGAAAACCACCAAUAGAAGCUAAUGAAGGCAAUACAGAGAAGAAACAGGAGCUUCCCAAACCAACUACUCCUCAACUUCCAGUCCACAUAAGGCCUAUUCCAUCUGGGGCAUUCAUUCCAGGAAUAGGAACACCUCAUUUCUCACCAUUGCCUCCAAGACCACAGCAUUUGCCACCUCAGCCAUUUCCCAAAGGGACUCAAGCUAAAGCCAAGCUGAAGGAACAGAUGAAUUUUUCCUUUGAGGACCUAGACUCUGAAGUUCCAGAGGUGAAUGAUAAUUCACAAUCAUCAUUAAUAACUCUAGAAAUAACAGAACCCAAGCCAGCAUUGCCACAACCACCAGAACUAUUUUCUCCUGCAAGACCUACACCACAUCCAAACCUGCAAAGACCUGAAAUACUUCCAUUACCCACUCGUCCAGUUACACUGAAACCUGAGACACUACCCCCAUCUGUUAAACCUGAGUCACAACCACCAUCUCCAGCUCCACAAACAAUUGAAACACAAUUGCCUCCAAGCCCUAUCCAGCUAAGACCUGAAUCUCAACCACAGAGACCUAAAACAAAACUACCACCACACUUGAUUUUACAAAGACCAACUCCACAAAGGCCAGGAAUUGCCCCCAAAUUUCAAAGACCCCCCAAAAACAACCCAGAACUAAAAAAGACCAGAAGGGUUGGGCCAAAAACCAAAAACCCCACAACGCAGACCAGACACACAACCACCUGCUUUGAGGCCACAGUUCCUUGCAAGGCCUCCCCAGGACCUUUUUUUGACUGGUUCCCCACAAAAGUCCCCCUACGCAGACCUGGUGUUUCUAAGCCACAAUUCCAGCCAUCUCGGCCUAGCAUUCCAUUUUCACAAGAGAAACCAAGCCUCCAAGAAACAUUAAAGCCUCAGCUAGUAACAGAUGACUUCAGACCACUCACUCCAUCACCUGAAAUCCCCCCUGCAACUGAAAACAAACAGCCCCAAUCAAACCAGUCCAUUCGUGGAGAUAAUAAGAAACCUUAUUGA